AUGUCUUUCUUCGGUGUUGGUCGCAACACAGCCUUCGGCCCCGACCAUGGCCUCGCACCUCCUACCAGCCGACAGCCAUGCGGCGCCGGCUACGGCUACGGCUUCGGGCACGCAUACCCUCCACAGCCUGCUGCAUACUACCCUGCUCUGUAUCAACAGCAGCAAUACUAUUACAAUAACUAUGGCCGCCCAUACUUCAUGCCGGGUCAAGGUGGUUAUGGUAUGCCAGGCCACGGUGGGUACACCACCAGCACGGCAAACCCGACCCAAUUCGCCAGCACUGGCCAGCUCCCAGCCGGGAACCCGGUGAUCAACACAUCGAUCCCGGCGGUCAACAUGACUAACUCUACCGGCGGCGUGGGAUGCGAGCCGGGAUACAACUACUUCUUCCCUCCGGAGCACACCAAGGUCCAUGUGCUCACGACCGGUGAGGUGGCACCAUGGCAGGUCCCUCCCAACGUCACCAUCCCUUUCCACUCAUGCCACGUACCCUGCAACACCACUCUUGGUCAGCUGCUCAUGGGCUUUGGGGCAUGCAACCCGGAGCCUGAGUUGAACAAGGUCUUCGAGUGCCACCAGGGAGGCAACGGCCGUUGGUACAAGGGCCUGAUGUUUCGCGGCGACAACAAGGAGGACAUGGCGAAGACGAUCAAGGAGGUCGGCUGGGACCCAAAAGCGGAACGGACUGCCGGGCGGAAGGCCAGAUUUUGA